AUGGCGCGGGCCAGUUUGAUUCAAAGAUGCAUAUAAAGGCGGUUGCGCACGCCCGUACUUGCCUAAGAGCGGUCCUUGGAGGCUGCAGCCAUGGCCUUGCGGUCCGAAGUCCUGGACGAGCUGCCGGCCGACUGCUUGUCGCCAUGCGGGCCUCCCAACCCGGCCGAACUGUACAGCGAAGCGCAGCGCCUCGCGCUCGAGGAGCUGGUGACAGGCGGCCCCGACGCCUUCUCGAUCUUCCUGCGGCGCGAGCGCCUGGGCCGCUUCCUGAACCCGGACGAGGUGUGCGCGAUCCUGAGCGCGAGCGAGCGGCCUGACCAGGAGGGCGCGGCGGCGGGCGCCGAGGACUCCUUCGGCUCGUCGCACGACUGCUCGUCCGGCACCUACUUCCCGGAGCAGUCGGACUUGGAGCCGCCGCUGCUCGAGCUCGGCUGGCCGGCCUUCUACCAGGGCGCCUACCGCGGAGCCACGCGCGUCGAGGCGCACUUCCAGCCGCGCGGUGUGGGCGCCGGCGGCCCCUACGGCUGUAAGGACGCGCUGCGCCAGCAGAUCCGCUCCGCGCGAGAGGUGAUCGCGGUGGUGAUGGAUGUGUUCACGGACAUCGACAUCUUCAGGGACCUGCAGGAAAUGUGUCAGAGGCAGGGAGUUGCCGUGUACAUCCUCCUGGACCAGGCUCUGCUCUCCCAGUUUUUGGACAUGUGCAUGGACUUGAAGGUUCAUCCUGAACAGGAAAAGCUGAUGACAGUUCGGACUAUUACAGGGAAUAUCUACUAUGCCAGAUCAGGUACGAAGAUUGUUGGGAAAGUUCAUGAAAAGUUCACAUUGAUUGAUGGCAUCCGAGUGGUAACUGGGUCUUACAGUUUUACAUGGACAGAUGGCAAAUUAAAUAGCAGUAAUGUGGUAAUCCUCUCGGGCCAAGUGGUCGAACACUUUGAUCUGGAGUUCCGCAUCCUGUACGCGCAGUCAAAGCCCAUCAACCCCAAACUCCUGUCCAGCUUCCGGAUCAGUGGCAAGUUUGACCAUCUGGUUGACUGGAAGCCGCCGUCCAAGGAGCUCACACUGGGUAACCUGCUGCGGCUGCGGCUGGCCCGACUCUCCAGUACCCCCAAGAAACCUGACCUGGACCCAGAGGCUCCCCGGGAGGGCAGGGUGGAGGCCAGGCGCCACGACUCGGUGUCCUCCACCAUCAGUGAGGGAGACUACCUGCACAGCCACAAGGAUGAGCUGGAGAGCAGGAGGCCAGCCGAUGUCGCCACCCAGACGGAGCCAGGAGAAGAGAAGCCAGCGGUGCGUGUGAGCGACACGGGCACACAAACCAGGAUCAGCACUCUGUGCACUGGGACCCAAACCACAGUCCCCACCAGAGCCGCCAGCUCGCAGACCACGAUGUGGUCCAAGUCCACCGCCACGCAGACCGACUCGGAUGAGAAUAUGCUCUUCUCCCAAGGAGCUCCAUUUAAAGAGGGGUCACCGGUAUCCAAAAUGUCUGUGUCGGCAUCUUCCAGCCUGAGGUCUUCCUCGUCUUUGUCCUCCCAAGGCUCGGUGGCAAGCUCCAGUGGCUCCCAAACCUCCAUGAGAGCCACUGAUUUCCACAACCACGGGUACCCGAAGUACCUGAGCACCCCUCACUUAGAUAUGUACUUGGGAGACUCCUUUAGAAACUUGAACAAAGAGAGGCAGGUUCACUUUGCGGGGCUCCGGUCCCGGCUCAACCACAUGUUGGCCAUGCUCUCAAGGAGAACAUUCUUCAUGGAAAACUACCUUGGCUCAAAUGCAGGCAAUUUUAACAGAGCACCGGUUAAUUUGCUCGCCAUCAGAGAUAUAGCGCUCUAUCCUUCCUAUCAGUGA